CGCGAUGAACGUGCGCCUGGUGGACCUGCUGCAUACGGCGAUUCGUGGCAGGAAUAUGGUUAUGGAGGCAGUGGCGCUGGUGGACCAAUACGUGUACGUGAACAUUGGCGUGAUCGCGAAGAUUCCCGGGGGUCAGCUGCCGCCCCACCUCGUGGACGUGAACGGCCUGGGCAGAGGUACACACUCAAAAUGAGAGGGGUACCUUUCCGAGCUAUCGAAGCGGAUAUAUAUGACAAGGGCGGUCUUUCUUACGAAAGUUGUGGUGGAUUGUUUGGAGUUUUAUCAGUUUUUGGAGUGCAUAUGAUUCUGGAAGUGGAAGGAUUGGUGGGCCUGGAUCUUUUGUCAACUUUGCGGUGCUUUCGGUUUUUGAUUUGCCAAAUUAUGCGUUUGAAAAGUGUGUCAGAAGGAGGUCACGGUAUAAGGAAGAGGAUGGACGAGGAGAAGUUAUGA